CACAGACUGACAGAUCAUCUGUUUUCAGUUUUGUCUUUCGUUGGGAAUAUGUUUUGAAAAUAAGAAAACAAAGAAAAAUGUCUCCCAUACUUAUAACGCGACUUAUUUUAACAAUACUGUUUAGCAGUGGCAGUUAUGCAGUAAAUGAUAUGACUGAAAGCUCUUUUGGAAAGAACAAUGAAGGUGUUAUUGCUGCAUUUGGAGACUUUAAUUCAGAUGAGCUAACUGAUGCAUUCGUAAUAAAAAACUACUCAAGUGUGGAAGUUUAUCUUGCCUAUGACAAAGAACCUUUCAUGAGGCCGUCAGCAUAUGCUUGCAAUUUCACAAACUUUGUAAUAACAAGUGUUGUGCCUGGUGAUUUCGAUGGAGAUGCAUACAUGGACAUAUUGCUCACUACGCAGGAAGUCAAUGAUACCACCAACUUUCACACUGUCAGAAUUUUAUGGGGUGGUGAAUCCACGUUGAAUUGCUCAGAUGCUUUGUUUAUCAAAGCUUUGUCAUUAGGACAACCAUUAGUAAUGGAUUAUAAUAGAGACAUGAUUCUUGACCUUUUUGGUAUGAAUUCGAAAAACGAAAGAGUGUUUUGGGUAUUUGACCAAUCGAGAACAACUCCUGUAGAAAAGCAGAUGGGUGAUGAUCUAUCCAAGAUGAUAAAACUGCCACACUCACAUUCGUUUUUAGAUGUAAAUGAAGAUGAUGCAGCUGAUCUUCUAGUUACAACAACCUCUAAUGUUGAAGUAUGGCUGAAUGACGAAUUCGAGGGAUUUAGAUAUAACAAUAGUAUUGAAUUACUUGUAGGUCAUCCAACUAUAUAUGGCCAGGCUCUGUUUCUUGAUGUUGCUCUCUCUGGUCAAUUCUUUUUAGUUAUACCUGUGUGUUAUGACCUGCAGUGUUUCAACAGCACUAUACUGAUAUAUGAUAACCAGAAAUGGCAUGAUCUGCAAGUCGAUUUCAAUGAUGGCAAAGGUACACUAUGGCGAUUUGUGCCACCAAGGGAUGAAGUUUAUUUAGAUACAAUUACAAUGAGAAGUGGAGAUUAUAAUAUGGAUGGAUACCCAGACAUCUUGAUGACUCUGAGUCCUGUUAAUACUAAUGAAACCAGAGUAUUUCUUUUGCACAACAGACCAUGUAACUUGCCUGGAUGCAAAUUUUACAGAACUUUUGAAGUUCAAUGGGAUAAGUUUGAUUCAUUUGGUAAUGAUGUUAUAAUGGCCACCUUUUAUGAUUUCUACAUGGAUGGUGUUCUUGAUAUAAUUUAUGUCAAGAAGAAUGUAACUACUCAAAAAUAUACAAUGAAUUCUUUCAAGAACGAGUUGGAGUAUGAUACGAACUUUAUCAAAGUUAUUGUUGUUACUGGUUUGACUAAUGAGAAGAUGCCAAUCAAUAAUAGGACUUUAUAUAAUAGAAAAGUUACCUUUGGGACCAAUCUGCCAGGGCCUAAAAUAGGCUACAACACCUGGUCUCAGGAAGGUACCUACAGGACAGGUGUCUGUGCUCAACUGCCCCAGUCUGCAUACUUUGCUCUACAAUUACCUUACUCCAUAUUUGGUUUAGACCGGACACCAAAUUUUGUUGAUACUUUGAAUGUGGGUCUUUCCGGUUAUUCUAAAAGUUGGACUCAAAUAAUCCCGAAUUCUCAGAUAGUGGUAAUUCCCGCGCCGCCAAAUGACCCUUCUCAGUGGAAGGCACAACUGUUUGUUACUCCCAGCAAAGUCAUUCUUAAGAGUGUGUUUGUACUGACUGCUAUCAUAAUUAUAAUCACUGGAUGUGUUUUAUACUUGCACUGGAAGGAACGAAAUGACAGACAAGAUAUAAUAGAAAUUGAUGAAAAGACUUAUGUUAAAAUUUAGCAAGAGUUCUUAAAUAUUAUAGUAAUAUGUACUUUUAAUAAUUUUAUUAGUAUUAAGUAAUUAUGUGAUCUGUUAUGAAUGUUGUUUUUUAAAUAUUUUUUUCUAUUAUAUACUACAGUUUAAGUAUUACUCCAAAUAAAAUCAGAAAUUAUAAUUAUGCUAUUAAUCAAACUACUGUGAUAUAAGUGUUAUCUGACUGUUGAGUGUAACAUAUUACAAGUAGGUAAAAAAUAAAAUAAAUGUAUGUUAUCAUUAGUUUAUUUUUCGAACAAAUUAAAUCUAAAGUGCGUCUCUAUUCUUCAUGUUAUUUCUUGUGAAAAAUAUUAAAAAGUCUAAAGUUUCGAUUAAAGAGGGGGAAAAUUGGCUGCAACCCAAUAAUAAUAAAUAAUACAGUGUUUUACAAUAAUUUGAGAAGAUAAUAAUAUAAUCGUAUGUAUAAUAAGACCGAGAACGUUACUACUCUAAUAGACAUGGCACACAUAUAUAUGGUGCUUUAAAAAGAACGAUAGAGAUAAUUAUAUCAAGUACCAAGACCGGUGGUCUUUCUUGUGAUCAAUGUCAUUGUGCGCGCGCAUUAAGCAACUCCCAAGUACUGGGGUCCAAGAAAUCGUGAGUCUCCUUUGAAAGGGCCAGAAUAAUAGCAUCAACACCAAACUCUGUCACAAAACAUCUCAAGUUUUACUCCUUUGCCAUAUAAUACUUAAUACGCGCGUAUUUUUUUAAUGCUUAGACUUCUUGUGUUUCUUGUCUUUCUUUUUUUCCAUUUUCUCCAAUUUCCUGAAAAAAAUAAUCAACGGUUACUCACUUACUCACGGUUACGACUUUUAAAGCACAUAUUAAAGAAAUAAGUAUACAGUUAAA